AUGGCUUCAGAAGCGACAGAAGAUUUGUGGCUUUUUGGCUAUGGCAGUCUGAUCUGGAAACCCNCACCACAUNUUCGGAAGACAACANGUGAAGAUCAUCGUGGAACUCCUGAGGCUCCUGGCCGGGUUGUCACGCUGAUUGACAGAUCGCAUUGGGAUACUUUGACCGAUCAGCAUUCCGAUGCUCCUUUACAGACAUGGGGUGCUGCUUAUAGGGUACCUCAAUCGCUAACCACAACUUACGUUGAUUCUAGANUACCAGGGCCACACGUAGCAGAAGUGAGGGAGUAUCUCGAUAUUCGAGAGAUCAACGGAUACAGUAUCCAAUACACUCCGUUCCAUGUGUCAAAGGAAUUUGCGGCUUCACACAAUCUGCCAGCACCGAUCGACUGCUUGGUCUACGUGGGACUUCCAGAUAACCCACAGUUCAUGGGUCCACAAGACCUUGAUUCGCUCGCCGAUCACAUCAUCAAAAGCAGAGGGCCUAGUGGGNAAAACAAGGACUAUCUCUACGGGCUCGAUCAGGCUCUUAUGGAACUUGGACAAGGUAGCGAAGAUGAGCAUGUGCACGACUUGGCUAGACGCUGUCGUGAGAUUGAGUCCAAAGCAUCAAAGGAUGUUGGCAAGGCAGCAAACAGCAGUGUCAUCGGAUCCGAGCUGAAGAGAGUGGGAAGCACGACUGAGCAAGAGGAGAUCGAGAAGUGA